AUUAUAGAUAAAAAGCCCGAGAGUCACCGUAUUCCAGUUGGAAUUUCUGGAAAUUUCCAAUCGCAGUCACCUGUGGAACAUCAUUCCCCGGAAUUUCCAGAAAAGAGGACAGCCUAUGCGAGAUAUACCGAAAUUUUCGGAAAUUUCUCAGCGGGAAUCCUAGCUAAUCCUCUUUCCAUUUGACUUUCCUAGCGAAAUUCCCGAAAUUUUCGGUUGAAUGGUUAACUUUUCGGAAAUUCAUCAAUUUCCUCAUUUUCUGGAAAUUUAAUUCCGCAUUCGUCCCCGUUUGGAUCCAUGACCUCUCGAGUGUAACAACCGCGAAAAACUGGUUCCAAUUUGUGGUGGUGUAAACAUGGCGGCCAUCAAGCACAAUUUGCAGAGGGAUCUGUUUAAACCAAGCGAAGAGCGACUUUACGCUGUCGUAAGUGUAACAAAGGCAGGAAAAAAGAAGAAAGCAAGCUUCCUCUGUGUUGCAGUGACUACAGUAAAGCCAGAGACAGUGUCUGUUUAUCAAGUAAAAAAGACUGAGAAAGAUACUUACAAGAAGAGAACUAACUGGAGGCUGAAAGAUCUCAGACUCAUUGAUGGCAGAGAUGAAACUAAUGAAAAUCCAGAAUUUCAUCUUCAUUUUGACAAGACGUACAAGUGGGUGGCAAGCAGUGUUCAAGACAAAAACAAUUUCAUAACUGCACUCAUAAAGUUGGUUGAGAGGCACAUAACACAGAGGAAACCAACUUUAGUGAAUGUUGGUGUGAUUGAAGGUGUUAUUCAUGGUGGAGAGAGUAGCAGAGUACAGCAACAUACAGAUGACGGAGCUGAAGGUGAAGACUACCAGGAGCUGACACAGCGAGAGGAGAAGGAUCUAGAGUACAUGAUAUCACAGACAGAGAAUGCCAUCAGCAAUAUUGAAGCAUUUACUGAGCAGCUUUCCAAGGACCUAUCAGUUUUGGAUGGGGCUAAUAUACAUUCCAUCAUGGAUGCUGAACCUCAAGUAGAGUCACUGAUGCAGCUUUUAAAUGAUGCUUUAAACGAACUUGAUAACUUGGAUACACGGCUGACAGGCUAUGACAAUCUUCUAAGAGAAGUGCGAGCUCAGAUGGAACAGAUGGAGGACAAGGAUAAGCACAUGGUAACAGAGAGCAGGAAUCGUAAGAAGCUGCUGGAGGAGGUGGAAACCUUAGUGCACUAUUUAGAUGUUCCUGAACGUAACAUCGUGGCUCUCCAAGAAGCUGACCUCUCUAAAGGAAUGGGGCUGAAAGAGUGUACCCAUGCCGCUUUUGCUGUACUGCAUGCUCUGCAAACUGAACUCAGUCCGGGUUUGACUGAGAUGAGAGCAGUCAAGGAACAGAGAGAAAAGUUCUGGAAGCUUAGCAGUGAUUUUGCUCAGCGUCUGAAGUCACAUCUUAUUGACAUCUUUCAGCGUCACGGCACUGAUAUGGAGACCGUGGUACAGCACUCCAGUGAACUGUGUAUACCAAAGCAUCUGUCCUGUCACAAUGACCUUGCUCCAUUCUCGGAUCUUAUGAAGUGGCUCAAAGAAGUGGACCAGACGGUGUUUCUCGAGCUUUGCCAGGCCUACACUCAGUCUCUGAGCAAAGUAUAUGAAAAGGAGCUGAGGGAUUUCUUUGAAGCUGCAAAACAGAGGGCUUUGACUAAAGGAGUUCGCCCUUACACCGCCUUCAAGAUGACAGGCUCCUCAUCUGCCGUCAACCGUGAUGACCCGAGAGCGAGCCCUCGUCCCAGCCCCCGCAUAAAGACCGGCUCAUUCAGGAAAGGAAAGGGAGAGCCCGUCGAGAGAAAGGACACUGAUUCUAUUGGUUCAGAUACAAGAUCUCGAUCAGGCUCCAUGAGUUCAGUGGAUUCAUCUGACCAGCUGCAGGAGGGCAGAGGAAAAUUUGAAAAGGUGUUCGAUAUUCUUCUUUUGGAGUUAGAGCCAGUUUGCACAGCUGAGCAGGAAUUUGUGCAAAAGUUUUUCGACUUUACUUUAGACGAACCCGAGCCCUCAGAUUCAACGAAUAUGGACUCGUCUGAUGGAGCCAUGUUUAGCAAAGCAUCAUCGCCAAAGCCUACUGACUGCACGGACGUGAAAGAGAGAACACCAUUGAACGAAGAAGUCAGAAAAAGAAAACAGCGGAUCAAUAAAAACCGAGAAGACAUGAAGAAAGUCAUGCAGGGAUUGUUUAGUGUGUUGGAGACUGAGUUACACAGCUACAUCCACUUUGCUGAUAGACUUGAUAACUUGUAAGUACACUUGAUUCACUUAUAAUUAAGGAUAUUAGGAUAUCACCUCAAAACAGUCCUAAAGGAGUCCUAAAAAGCUUUUUUUUUCUUAAUGGAUGUAUUCUUUGCAUUGUGGUAAAGUUUUAUGUCGAUUCUUGGAUGAAAUAUCUAAGCCUUUCUAGCUUUCACCGCCUGAGGGAUUCCGUAACUCAUGACAAUGUCUUUAAACCAUACGAGGUAAAAAUAAGACAUUUCACUUUGAUGCUACUGAGAAUUUCCGUCCAAAAGAGGAAAUACAGGAGAAAAUCGUGGCUGGGACAAGUGACAUUUUACU